AUGGAUGCACCUAUUACCAAAAGGCUUAUUGUAUCAGGUCUUACUCCAGCAAUUUCCGCCGAGGAUAUAUCGCGACGAUUGACAACUUUUGGAACGGUGAAAGCUGCAGAUGGUUUCGGUCUCCCAGAUGGUGUUGGACAACCUAGGAAGUUUGGGUAUGUGACUUUGGAAACUACAGUUGGGAAAUUAUCAAAAUGCAUGAACCUACUAAGCGGUUCUACUUGGAAAGGUGCUAAACUUCGAUUUGGGGAAGCGAAGCCAGACUUUGCAGAGAGAAUCGCCCUGGAGAACCGAAAGGCUGCAGAAGAACCUCCCAAGAAGAAACGAGUAAAGCGGAAUGUUGGCGUGUAUGGCGAAGACAUGUCUCUUGUAACUUCCCAAAAUGCUGCACAAAAAUCAGGCUGGAAAGUCUCGUCUCUCGGUCGGAUAACGACUCCAGUCAAAAUGCGUCCCUCUCAUCCAUUGAUCGAACCUGUGGAAGUGAAGAAACCAAAAAAAACAAAGACGGACGACAAAGGUCUAAAGAAAAAAAAGCGCAUCAAAGAUCCCGACUCCAGAGCACGACGAAAAACCAUUGAUAUGACAAAGUACGGCAGUACGCAUUUAAAGGGCAUGUGGCUAGACUUGGAGGUCUCAGGUUCCUCCAGAAAAUCUCCUCCGAGGGAAUUCGAGCUUAGCAGCAGCAGCAGCAGCAGCAGAAGUAGCGAAAGUGACGACGAACCAGCUGCUAUCAUUCCAUCACCUUCUCCAUCUCUUGCUGUUCCUGAAAUUGUCGCUGGGCCUUCGACCGUUCAGCAGUCAAUAGCACCCAUCUUUCCCGUUCCCGUUCAAGCACCUCAAGAAACUGUUGAUAUUUCCCAGGAAAAGAGUCAGACACUGAAUCUUCUCAAUUCUUUGUUUGGCCAGGAUGAUGAUGAUUGGAUCGGCCAAGAGAGCGUGGGCUCCGACAUAGAUGCUGAUGAGUUAGUGAAAGGUGACAAAAUGCUCGUGGACGAUGACCGCGUUGAUUUCGAGAUUGUGCCGAAAAACGCGCCUCUUAAGGCAACUCAACAUAUCGAAAGUGACGAGGAGGAGGAUGAAGAUGAAGAUGCAAGAAUGGACAUAGAUCGAAAGGAGCCUGAAAAAGCCGUCAGUCCUCCAAAACAACCUACUUUAAAGGAUCUUUUCGCGCCUAGGGAAGACGAAGGUGGAUUUUCACUACUCGGGCAUCUGGAUCUCGACAUCGAGUUAGACGAAGAUGCACCUUUUCUCGCCGAGGAUCCCAUUGCUCAGCAAUCACAUACCCACGAAACAUACGCUCCAUCGAUACCAGUGUCCCAGCCAUACCAACAAAGCCAAAACAUCCAAGCUCCACUUUCCCUCAACCCACGACAAGCUCUCUUCUUCCCUUUGUCAUUAUCUGAGCCUGCAAGUGUCAGGGCACGGCAAAGAGAUGUAUACGACAUCGCGAAAGACAAUGGUUGGAACUGGCGUGACCCAGCUGUCGGUUUCUAUCGCACUGGUACGGAAGAGGAUAUCAAGAAGCGAUGGGAGGAGAGCAAGGGCGAUUUGACGAGGGAUUGGAAGAGGAGGUCCAGGGAGGCUGGCAAGGUCAAUAGGAGGAAGAGGGGAGGCGUUGACGAUGCUGAGCUUUGA